GUGGGGUGGAGGGCCAUGGACAGACCCUGCCUGGGCUUGUCUGAUCCCACAGCUGGAGGGUCGCUGCCGGACCGGCUGCAGGAGGCAGAGCUGCCCGUGGUGGACUAUGAGCACUGCACCCAGCCCGACUGGUGGGGGGCCCUGGCCAUCCGCCAAACCAUGAUCUGUGCCGGUGGCGCUGAGAAGUCUGGAUGCAACGGUGAUUCCGGGGGCCCCCUGAACUGCCAAGCUGAGGAUGGGACCUGGGAGGUCCAUGGCAUCGCCAGCUUCGUGUCGGCCCUGGGCUGCAAUGCUGCCAAGAAACCCACCGUGUUUACCCGCGUGUCUGCCUUCGAGGACUGGAUUGCAGAGACCAUGAGAGACAACUGAGCGUGGCAGCGUCCUCGUCAUCGACCCCCUGGCCUGGCACCAGCCAAAUAAACCACUAACAGCUGGCA